AUGGAGAAGCUCGUGCGUCUCAUCUUCUUGCUCUGCUUGUCAGCACCCUGCGCUGCAGAGAACAUCACUGUGGUGUACGGGAUGGAGGGAGGCACCAUUUCUGUCAACUGCACCUACAACCCCUGGCUGCAGCGGUGGAGAGAAAAAAGUUGGUGCAAGCAGAUCAAUGAGACCAAGUGCCAACAUGUGGUGAGCGCCCGACGGUUCUGGCUGCCAUUCCUGAAGAACAGGAACGGGACCACCUCCAUCAGCGACAACAUCCACGACGGGGUCCUGACAGUGACCAUGAAGCGACUCAAGAAGCAGGAUGCUGGGCUGUACCACUGCACAACUGACUACCUGGGGGAAACACGCAGCUUAAUGAAGGUGCAAGUGGAAGUGCUGACAGCUGUCCUCGAGACCCAAAUGCCAGAAGAGCCUAGUGCUGUGCAGAGCAUCUCCAGCAGUCCUCCUGAAGCUGAUUUCACCAUCUUCUACAUCAUUGCUGGAUUCCUGGCUACUAAGUUCGUGGCAGCUGUGCUGACCUUUAUCGUUGGCAGCAGUAGGAAGAACAGAGAAACAGAGCAGAAGAACCCAGCCUUAAACGAGCAGGAGACCCUCCCUUUCACUGGUGAUCUUGUACAUGCUGGAAUCAGCUCCUACUGGGAGAGCACUGCUUAG